AUGACUCUUGCUACUUCUAUGCGAUUAUCUACUCCAUUAUCAAUUGAAGAAAAAUCAACAAUAUUAAUAUCUUCUAAUCCAUCAAUAACAAAUAAUAAUUUAACAAAAUUAUAUAAAUAUUCCCAAGAAACUGAAAUAAAAUCAUAUAUUGAUCAAAAUGGUAUAAUAUGUCAAUGUCAACAAUUAACUGAACGUGCAUUACUUGCUCAAAGAAAAAUUUUUUUACGAAAAAAAUUAGGUGAAGGUUCAUUUUCCUGUGUACGAGAAGGUUUUGAUAUAUUUCAUCAAUAUAAAGUUGCUAUUAAAAUAGUUGAUACACAACGAGCUUCAAAAGAUUUUCAAGAAAAAUUUUUACCACGUGAAUUAGAUAUUUGGCCACGUAUACUUGAAUUUGCUUCACAAGGUGAUCUUUUAACAUAUGUUCAACGAGUUGGUACUAUACCUGAACAAAAACGUAUAUUAUGGUCUUAUCAAUUAUGUAAUGCAGUUAAAUAUCUUCAUGAACUUGAACUUGUACAUCGUGAUCUUAAAUUAGAAAAUCUUUUACUUGAUAUUAAUGAUAAUAUGAAAUUAUGUGAUUUUGGUUUUUCAAAAGAUGUACUUAAAUCUAAAGAAUAUUUAAGUAAAACAUAUUGUGGUUCACGUGCAUAUGUAUCACCUGAAAUUUUACUUGGAUUACCAUAUGAUGCAAAAAAAGCUGAUAUAUGGGCUAUUGGUGUUAUUUUAUAUAUAUUUGUUACGGGUGUUAUGCCAUUUAAAGAAGAUAAAAAUAAUCAAUUGAUUUUAAAACAACAUCAAAAACUUCAAUUGCAUUGGCCAAAUGAAAAUGAACGCGAACAAUCAGCACGUAAUCUUAUUCUUAAUAUAUUUACAUAUGAUUGGCAAAAACGACCUAAUAUACAACAAGUUAGUACACAUCCAUGGUUAACAAUGUCUCAAACAUCAACCAUAAUAUCAAUGCCAAUUAUACGUUCUAAUCGAACGGCAACUAAACGUAAAAGUCGUUCAUCUUAA